AUAGGAGUUGGUUUACCUGGAGACCGUCCGACCGGAGGAGGAGCAAAUGGAGGACGUUUGAUCAGUCAUUUUCCGUCAAGUCAGGCUUGUAUGUGAUUAACCAUGUGAGGACAGCAGUUAUUGGAGCGGGACAUGGGUUACGUGGAUGGCCACUGGUCGGUGUCCCUGAAGGCAGCAGCGGCCAACGUGAGCUGGACGCGCGGCGCGGGGCUCGGUGUGUCCCGGCAGACCCAGCUGCUCCUGGAGGUCCUCAUGGUGUUUAUGUGUUUGGGCGCUGUGACAGGUAAUAUUCUUGUCAUUGUUAUUGUGGCUGCAACCAAGACUUUCCACUCGGUGACGUCAGUGCUGAUAAUGAACCUGGCCAUCAGUGACCUCCUGGUGGGUGUUGGAGUGAUGCCUUUUGUUGCUUUGUCCAUCAUGAACCAUGGAUGGGAGAACUGUACUGACCUCUGUUUGUACGUGGGUUACACUUCCUCUGUGUACUGCACAGCUUCUGUACUGACAUUAGCUGCUAUUGCAUUGGACCGCUACCACUCCAUCAUGGACUGCCUGCGCUACAGUGCCCGCUGCACCCUGUGGAGGACCUGUGCCGUGGUUCUGUGGAUCUGGCUGCAGGCUCUGGUCACCAGUUGUCCUCCCCUUCUGGGCUGGAGCAAGGUCAGCUAUGUGGAUCCCAUGUACAGCUGUGCAGUCAACUGGGCCAGCAGUCCAAGUUACACAGCUUUCAUGGCUGCCCUCAGCUACCUCAUUCCGGCAGCGGUCAUCCUCUUCUGCUAUGUGAACAUCGUCAAGGUGGCCCGCAGCCACGCCAGGAGGAUUCACACAUUGGAGGAUUCUGUGCAGCGCAGCAGGAACCCCAGCUCUGACUUUGCUCCUGGUGAUUCAUCACUCCAGCACUGUGGGAGCCUCCACAGCCCCUCGAGACUGAUUUAUCAUGUAAGUGGACAAUUUGUGAGUGAGGUCAGUAGAGAAGAGGGGAAUUACAUCAGCAAUGCUCUCCCUGAUUCUGCUAGAGCGCAUGAUAACUCUACAUCCAGACGUUUGUUCUCCUUUCUGGCUCAGAGCGCUUCCCACCCACAGCUGCAGAACUCCCAGCAGCACCAUAACCACCAUGGAGUGGUGCGUCUCUUCCUGGUCAUCUCUGCCUUCUUCCUCUGUUGGACACCUUACAUAGGCGUGGCCCUGGUUCAGGCCACAGAAACUGCAAUCUCAGGCCAAUCCAGCCUUGUCCCACCCUCUGCUGUUACCUUUUCGUACUGGCUGGUGUUGCUGAACUCUGACAUCAAUCCACUGCUGUACGCUCUGCUUAGCAAACGUUUCCAGGGUGCUCUCCAGGGACUGAGGCAAAAACUAAGAGCACGCCUGGGGAGUGUGGUGGGCAGGGGAGAGGAGGUCAGGGCGGAGGGAGAUGACGGCAGGAGCAGCGACCCCUGCACUCUGACCACCACACAUCCUGGUCCGUCUACCAGCUCUGAGAGUUCAACCUGUGAUGACUCCAAGUAUUCCUCCUCCAUUUUUACUGUUAGCACUGACUUUAAACAUCACUGUGAGGAGCAGCCGUGUAAAGUGUGUCACCAUGAAAAUACCUCCGCAUCCUGCUGUGUGUGGCAGGAUGCUGAUGGUAAGACGAGGGUGGACUGCCUGCAGGUUCCCUCUCGACCACAAGAGGGAAGCAGGUUACCUUUCUCUGCUCUGACCCAGGAGCGUCAGGCCACUUUCUUCUACGGACAGAUAACAGUCAGAGUGGAGCAUGAUGUUUGUUAGGCUGAUAUCUGCAGAUGAUGUUGCACAUAUAUUCUCAUUGUAUUGACAGUUAUUUUCAUUAAUCUGUUGAUGAUUUUUUUAAUUCAAUGUAUUCAUGA